CCGGCAUCAGAACAUUCCAGGCAUUCCCGUGAUUGGCAGAUAGCAGGUUGAUUGACAUGUCGGACCCCGCGAACACCGGGUACUGGUCAGUACAACACAACCACCUCCUAGCCUAACACAUAACACACAGCUAGCUGUCUGUGCGGGUCGCUACAAUACCAUGGUUUUAUCCACACCACAUUGCCCUCUAUCAUAUGAUAUUCUUAGAUUCUGAGUUUGUCCUGAACCUGUGACCUGACCAGGAAAAACGCCAGUUACUAGAUUGAUUGAUUCUGUUCUAAAAAGAUAUGACGUGGAAAGCCAUUCAAUGAGUGUGUUUGCAAGUUUCCGCCCUGUCCAGACUAUCACCAGUGUAUAGACACUCCAUAUGGAUCUUAAAAUGUCUGGGACUAAAUUUAGGAUCUAGCGCUAUUCUACUUGUCCACACUUUCACACCGGCCUCUAGUGUUGCCAUUUUAUUGCUCACACCACUUGUCCCUUCCCACCCAGUCUUUUUCUGUUCUGUGCUUUCCUCCCUCUGUCCUUGGAUCUGCCUGCUCAAACACUGUAAAGACCAAAUCACACGAGAAGUUAUUUUUUUUUAUGCGCAUGCUCACGCUGGAAUGAGAAUUCAUGCGAGGGAAUGAGAGAGCAGACGAGCCGCGGGCGUCAACUGCGUCACAUUAGAAUGAUAUAUAUCACGUUGUAAAUGUCAUUUCUUGGCAGUACCGUUGUAGCUUACAGCCGAUUUGAUUAAUAAAGUUCAAAGUAUAUGGUUAGUAAGUGCCUUGUUUCAAAUUAAUCCAAAGUUGGUCUAAGGAUGGAGUGGGUCGUUUGUAGAAAAAUAAUUACGAGGAAUUGUCAUGAUCUUCCCUAUGCUAAGUAGACAAAAUAUGUAGUUUUAAAAGGUAUUGGGCUGAAAGCUAAGGUUUAUCAAUAUCAGUGAAACAAUUGCAGUCUACCUGUGUUGAUUUCGACCAUAGCUAGGAAUAUAGCCUAGGCAGGCUACGGCUGGAUAACUUGAGGACCUCGUAUUUCAAAAGAGAAUACUGCUAUGUAGAAAGAACGAGACUUAGCUAGUUCUUUAUAAACGGCUCGGGUUUACAAGCUACAACUCUCCUCACGUUCGUGAGCUCGCAUAACAACUGUUUAGCCCAGGUGCGGUGGCUCCGUAGGACAUAUACAUUGAUUCACAACAAUAACUCCCAGGGGCUAGCCUACACAGAGAACAUAACAAAAAUAACUAUUUACAAUGAGUUGUCAUGACAAUUACGUUAGCAUACGCUACGCAGUGUUUGUGAAUUGACGCUCCCUUUUCUCGCACACCAAUUUCACGCCGUUGACGGACAUCUCCCCGUGUGAUUUGGGCUCACACUGUCACACGCACUCUAGUCUUGUCACAACUAGCUGAAUGUGGGGCAAAGGAAACCAGCAAGGCCACUAUGUGUGUGUUCUGUAUCUUGAGUCAUUGUUUUACAUCUGACAUGAGGGUGACUUGCCAAUGGGAGAGAGCUUAAAGGCUGUGAACCAGGAGAGGAGGGAGAUACCAACCGAGAGGAACAGCCAGACUGGCACUGAUUGGCUCUCUGACUGUUGCUAUGGUGGUUUAGGCAGCUCUCCCAUUGGUCAGACAAGCAACUUGGACCAGGACAUGCUCGGAAUCCAAACAUCCUCUUUUUCGUCAUGACAACAGACAGGAAGUGGGAAGUUGUUAUUGUGGAAGAUUGCCAAGCUUGUUCUCAACUGAACUGUGUUUUUCAACAGAUGAUCUCUUGUGAACAUAGAAACUCUCUAUUCUAACUCUGGAUCUGCUUCAAGAACAGCUUAGUGGCGCUCCAUUCCGCUCUCGGGUGUUCAGCAGAGAUGGAGUAAUCCGCAAGGAAAGAUUAUUAUUAUAACAUGUUUGGAUGAGAGAGCAGCUAGGGGCUAGAUGUGAUUUUAUGGGUUUGGAAGGAUUUAGUCAGUGUCAGAAGAAGACCGAAAUAUCCUAUUGUCCCUUGUCCACUUCCAUCUAAAAUAGCAAUCCUACUGGACAUGUUUCUUAAUGUAAUAAUGUAUUAGCUAAUCAUGUAGGUAUACACCUACCCCAUACAUAGAGUCCUGUCCAAUCCUGUUUUAGCACAGUACAUGUUGGCGUAGUGCAAAAGACAAGGCCUCCAACCCAAUUCUAUUUUUAAUCCAUACCUCAGGGAGGAUUUCAUGAAUCCCAGUUGAUACCGUAGAGUCUGCCAGGGAUCAUGUUUUCACUAGGUUCUCCUCUGAGCUCUCCAUUACCCUCCUAUUCCAUCCUUAGAGGAUGGUAUAAAGACUGUAUCCUACAGAGACCUAUUGCAGCUUCAGUUCUUUCAUAUCAAUGUGUUUACUCUGCCUUCAGGUGGAUGAUGCAUCACUCCAGACACACAGUUUCAUGCUGGGCCAUUGAUCAGGCCUGACACGGGCACUGAGCCACACAGAGAAACACACACACAACACACACACACACACACACCUGGCUUUCUGGUUGAUGCAUAUGCAGAGGCCUUGGUAAAUGCUGACAUGCUAAUACUUUCUACCCAUGCAGCACCUUCACUUCUAUGAUGUUAAAUGGUGUGAAACCUGUUUGCAAGUAAACCCAUAGCUGUCAGAGCCACACCUUCUGGGAGAGAAAUAAUGAAACCUGCCAUGGGAAAGGAAGAGAAAAGGAGACAAAAGGGGAGGGGAGAGGAAAGAAAGGAAGGAGAGAGAGGAAAGGAAGGAGGGAGAGGAAAGGAAGGAAGGAGAGAGAAAGGGGAGGAGAAAGAGAGGAGAAAGGGGAGGAGAGAGGAAGGAAGGAAGGAGAGAGGAAAAGAAGGAAGGACAGAGAAAGGGUAGGAGAGAGAGAGAGGAAAGGAAGGAAGGAAGGAUAGAAGGGGGAGAGAGAGAGGAAAGGAAGGAAGGAGAGAGCAAGAGAGAGAGAGCGACGCAAGAAGGGGUGGGGUGAUGUUCAGGUGAGGUGAGGAUAAGCGAAAGCGAGGCAUCGGGGAGGUAAAGUGAUGCAUGCUGGGAACAAUAUGGAGCUCAUGAAUAUCUCAACAGCAACAGCUCCAGUAAGAGUCAGACGAGCUCACUAACACACACUGGGCUCCUUAUGUAACCCAACAUCUGACCCAGAAACCUCCUUGCACGGAAGGCUAGAGAGACGGGGAGAGAGAGAACAAAGGAGGAGGAGUGGGAAAGAGGGGAACGAGGUCGUUGGGUGAGAGCUUUAGCAAAGCAUAUGUCAGUGUCUUUGUGUGGGAGAGAGUCCGUCAUUGUUCAAAUAGAAGAACACGUGUAGAACAAUCAGACUGUGUUUCUGAGGUGGAUUCUUGUGGAUGGGAAAAGCUCCCUGAUCUUCCCUGCCCUCCUCCUCCCUCUCCUGAACACCCCAAUCCUUCCAUCUCUCGUUCUCACUUUCUCCAUCACUCCAUCACUCUCUGGUCGCCAUGACGUCCACGCUGCAAACGCUGGCGCUCAAGCUGGCCCCGCCCCCUCAGGACCUAAACCCUGAGCGGUUGGACGGCUGCGAGGAGACGGGCCGGCGCUACAAAGUGGUUCCCUCCGUCGUGUGCUCCAUGUGUUGCCUCUUCGGCAUCAUCUACUGCUUCUUCGGGUACCGUUGUUUCAAGGCGGUGAUGUUCCUGACGGGCCUGAUGUUCGGCUCCAUCGUCAUCUUCAUGUUGUGUUAUAAGGAGCGCGUCCUGGACACCCAGCUCAGUGUUGAGGCCUCUGUGGGCAUCGGCCUGGGCAUCGGCACCCUCUGCGGCCUGGUCACCAUGCUGGUUCGCUCCGUGGGUCUCUUCAUGGUGGGUCUCCUCCUGGGCCUCUUGGUGGCUGUGGCUACCCUGGUGGGCAUGGAGGAGCUGUCCAACAGCCCCCCGAGGUCGGUCUGGGUCCCCCUGGGGGUGCUGCUCGGCCUGGGCAUGCUGUUCGCCGUUCUCACCCUCCAAUGGCAGCGCUUCUUCACCACCGUGUCCACGGCCGUGUUCGGGGCGGCGGUGAUCACCGUGGCGCUGGACUACUUUGUGGAGCUGUUUGCCCUGGUGCUGUACCUGUACGAGAGGGUGAAAGCGGCGCCCAGAGGGAGACCCGUCUGCUGGAUCACCUGGGUGGUGCUGGGGGUGUGGCCUGUUCUGACGCUCCUGGGGGUGCUAAUACAGUGGAAGGUGACAGCAGAGGGAUACUCCCACACCAAGGUGAUAAUCAGUCGUCAGCAGCGACGGGUCCAGCUGAUGCGUAUCCGUCAGAAGGAGGAGCGGAGGGACCGCAGCAGGAAGAGGAAGAAUAAGCAACAGAGAGACUCCACCCACAGCUCUCACCCUCCCAAACCCCUGCACCCCGAGCCCGCCUAUCGCAGAAAACCCAACCCUAUACGACGCUUUGACGGGGACGUCCUAUCGCCUAGUUACAUCCAGAGUUUCCGGGACAGGCAGGUUGAGGCCAGGCCGUAUCCUGGAGGGGGCAGACUGAUGGGGGGAGGAGGGGCUCACACCAAUGUGGAUGUGGACUAUGACUGUGGCUCCACCACGCCCCUCACUGCGGCUGCAGGCCCCUUACUACGAGUCUGAACAUUCCCCUAACCACUGGUCCAACACCCCCAAUGAUCUGGCAGCCACAUCACACCCCCAAAAGGUGUGACCACACCCACAACCCACCUGUGCUGCAGUAUGGAUCUGACCACACCCCUAAAUGGUGCGACCACACCCCCAAAGGCCUGUAUUGCAGUAUAGGUCUGACUGACCACUCCCCCACCACAAUGCUGGAGCCAAUCAGAGUAUGUGAAUAGUAAAGGCCUGAACUCCUUUUUCUGUUUCACACACACACACACCAGCCACAUGCAUGAAAAUACUGUACACACAUCCACAAACACAUCAGUGGAACUGGACCUGGUGAACAGAGAGAGAAAUACAGGGCCUCCAACUGGAUGGAUAGAUGUUACCUGAGGCUUCUCUCUCUCCAUCCAGCCUCCAGCCAGUCUCCAUCGGGACACAGUUUAAAGAAGCAUGGCUCAGGUUUCAAACGAGGCAUCGUUUUACCACGGACACCGGAAUACAAUCCUCUCUCUUCAGCAUUUUGAAAGAUUCAACUUAAAGUCUUGUCUACUGCUCGGCAGUCUUAAUUCCUCAAAUCAUUCUCUGUCGUCAACAGGCAGUUCCUUUGUACUGCAUUUCUACGGUUCCAUCCUUCUAUGGAGUUGGGAACUUCUGAUGAGAACUGACUAGUUAUAAACACCCCUGCUCUGUGCCAUGCCAGCCCAACAACAGAUCACCUCCUGGGAAGGAGAAGAAUAUCUGUCUUUUAAGAGGAAGCAUUAUGCAUUCUUGGUGCUGGACGAUAUCCUUCUUUGGAAAGCAGUUUGAAAUCCCCCUUCUUUAAAUGAAGUUGGGAGAUCCGGUUGAUUUACGGGUGCCUUGUGACUGCCCUUACUUGUACUGUACCACUCAGCAGUGAGAUAGUGGUUAUUGGCAGUGGUCACUGACUGAGAGAUGUGAGAGACUAUAUGAUAACGUGUUAUAUUAUUAUAGUGACAGACAACAAAGUUGUUGCGAUAGGAAUGAGGGUAGGCCUAUGUCUAGCAGAGGAGCAACAAUGACCCAAUCAGGGAGCAAGCAAGGAAACAGUGGAUGGUGAUUGGUCUAAACUGCCCUGGGUUCUACCAAAAGGAACCCUACAUGAAGUCAGCACAGGGUCAACAAGAGGUCAAUAAAGAGUUCAAAACAGAAAGGGGUCCGAAUAAACGAUCGACCAAUACAACGAGAGUAUUGACCACUCCCCCUCCACUCUACAGAGAGGAGCAUUCAGGUCACAGAGGAUCGCCUACAUAUAGAUAGACCCCUACAUAAUGUGCAUUGGCUUUUCAAUAUGGGUCAUAGCAUUCUGUCUAUCGUGUAUCAGUAAAUGACAUCUAUGGUUUAUUAUUGUCUUUGACUCAGACUGUGAAAAGGGACUGUGAGUGUGAAACACAUGAUAAAAUAAUACAGGCGUGAUGUUAUUAUUAAUAUUAUUAUGAUUGUCCCAUUGGGCUGUGGGUCGGGACAGGGUAUGAGAAUCAAAGUUAUUUUCCCAGAAUCUUCCAGGGGAAAUCGACCUGGCUGCAUGACUCAGUGUUUCCUUCCUGUUCCUGUCCCCCUCGCUUAUCUGUCUCCCGUGGCUUUGUCCUCCUCACCUCACCAGACAGUGGUUCCUAUCCCCUCUAGCCUGGUCAGCCCACAUCUAACAACCACGUGCAUAGUUUGUUAAACACUUCUCAUGAAUACCUUCUUAAUAAUGCAUUAUAAGCACAUGUAUAAUGCCUUAUGAGCUAUGUAUAGUGCACUAUAAUGCAUAGAGAUUAAAUUGAUAUUCAUGAGCACUUAUUAUGCGCUUAUUUUACAUUAUGAAGAGCAUAUUCAUAGGAAGUGUUAGAAAAUUAGCCUGAGUGCCAGUCUUGUUAAAGCCAUCGUUUCAACUCCUUGCCGUGACAAUGAGUUGGCAUGGUUGCACAAACAGAUCUGGGACCAGGCUAUUACAGACUUGUCCAUACAGCACAAACAGAUGUGUAAUUCCCCACUAGUGCUCAUUGUUCUGAUCUUCUGUUUUGUACAUAAACAACACUGUAUUUUGACCAUUUAUCUGUAUUUCUUGCUUUAUUUGAUUGUUUAUUUGUUCUUAUAGAUUUAUUUUAGGAUAUUUCAUUUUAUUUAUAUGAAAUGAACCUUUUCUUUAACUAGGCAAGUCAGUUAAGAACAAAUUCUUAUUUACAAUGACGGCCUACCGUGGAACAGUGGGUUAAACGCCUUGUUCAGGGGCAGAACAACAGAUUUUUACCUUGUCAGCUCGGGGAUUCGAUCCAGCAACCUUUCGGUUACUAGUCUAACGCUCUAACCACUAGACUACCUGCCGCCCAAAUAACAUGUCCUUUCUGAAGUACUGUAUGUAGAUUUAUUUAUCAGGUAAUUUAUUGACAUUAUGUUAUUGACAUCUUUUGACUUCAAGAGUGCAGCCUCAUAAAUGUAGGCCGGUGAUAUUCCAUGCUUCUUAUUACAAAUAUUAUUAUUAAUACUAUUAUUAUUAUUAUUAUUAAAGCAUGUGUUUUUAUGGGCCUGUAUAUGAUAAACAAAGUGAUUCUUCAA